AUGAGCAAGGUGAUUAUCCUUUUCGGUCUAUGGCUACAUCUCGUGACUUCAUACAAAACACUCUCCGACGAAACAUUACUGCGUCUGCCACGCCCAGGCCCCGACUUUAACAUACAUGACGGACGCAUUCUGGCACCAAUCCUUAGAACAAGAGUACCAGACACACCAGGCUCGACCGCUGUCAGGAACCAUUUUAUCGACUUCUUCCAUUCCUCGCUGCCAGAGUGGACAAUCGAACCACACAGCUUCACGGCCAUAACGCCAGUGUCAGGUGGCAGGAAUGUGCGCUUCACAAACUUCAUCGCCUUUCGCGACCAUCCUGGCGCAGAAGAAGGGAAUACAACUAGGCUCACAAUGGUGGCUCACGCAGAUAGCAAACUUCGACCGACAGGAUUUAUCGGUGCCAUAGACAGCGCUGCUCCAUGUGCAAUGAUCAUGCACGCGGCUCGCAGCAUUGACAAAGCACUUACACGGAAAUGGAGUUGCGGGGAUAACUCACCAGCGGCGGCUCAAGGCGUCCAGAUUAUCUUCACUGAUGGAGAGGAAAGAUUCUCUGAUCCCCCUGUGGACAUCAUGGAUCAACUGUACGGCUCUAGAGCGCUGGCUACGGAUUGGGGAAUGCAGAAGUACCCAUCUACCGCCAGAUACGCGAACCGACUCGCAUCUAUUUCUCUAUUUGUUCUCCUGGACCUCUUGGGUGCAUCAAAUCCAGCCAUUUCUUCCCGCUCCAACGUGACAAAUUGGGCAUAUAAGAAUCUCGUUCGCCUAGAAGGUCGGUUCCGGGACUUGGGUGGCUUCCAAUCCACCCAGAACAAGACAGAUAUAUCCGCUUCUCGUUCAUGGUUCAUAGAUACGGGCAAAGGCGCUGAUGAACUUGAGCCUGACCACAUAUUAGAUGACCAUGUGCCAUUCGCUGACCGAGGUGUCGAUGUUUUACCUAUCAUCGAUCACCACCCUGUCCGGGGAUUCCCAAGAGUAUGGCAUACGCUAGAUGAUGACGGUGAACACCUGGACAUGGCCGUUGUGGGGGACUGGAGCUUGUUAGUGUCGGCUUUCAUGGCGGAGUGGCUAGAACUAGAAGGGAUCCGUCCCCAGGGAGCAGGAUUCGCCAUCUGGAAUCAACAAGCGGCAGCCAUCGUCGUCUUAGUCGCCGGGCCCGAUGCCCUGGAGAGGAUUGCGUGGAAGUUCUUCCUGGUGUUGAUCAUUCCGACGGCACUGUAUAUCCCCGUCAUAUACUUCUGCUUCCCGGAGACGAAGAAGCUUUCGCUCGAAGAUAUCAAUGCACAGUUUGGGGAGGUGGUUGCGGUUGAGUUUAGUGAGACCCAAGCAGCUGUUCAGUAUCGGGAAAAGGCAUGA